GACGGCAGACGUCCUUCUUCUCACACAAUCGAAUUUGAUAGCUCGUAUUUUUGCGCUGUGGUUGAAAGCCACUUUGUCCAUUGGACUGCAGUUUCCUUACCUACAGGAGUUAAAACAGCAACCUCCAGCUCAACCGAGCACAUCACCCAUCUCCCCUACAACCAUGGCAACGCGUCGUAAACCAGACAGCGACACAGACAACGGUGUACCUCUCACAGCGGGCAUGCCCGGCGGUACCAUCCGCCCACCGACCUCAUCGGCGCGUCGCUCCCCCUUCCUCCCUACGCGCCUCGAAGCACAACUCAUCGCCAUCUACCCAUUGACACUCCUCCUCGGUAGCGUCUUUAGCAUAAUUUCGCCUUCCAAUCGAGCCGCGCCCUAUUCCGCAACCCUACAGUCUCACCCUACCGAAUUUGCGCCCUCAUACUUUGCGCAGAAAAAGAACAUCUUCAAUGUAUACUUUGUCAAACAAGGAUGGUUCUGGACUACACUAGCAUUUGCUGUCUUUGUUACCUUCCAUCCUGGUUUCGGUCAGGGUGCGAGUGCGAGGCGCAUCCGAGCGGUCAUGCGAUAUGGUGUUGUGACGACUUGGUGGUGCUUCAUGACACAGUGGUUCUUUGGACCGCCGUUGAUCGAUCGCGGCUUCAGGUUCACUGGAGGUCAAUGCGAAAUAAUAAGAGAUCCCGAGGCGAGGGAAGAAAUGAGCAACACAAGAGAAUAUAUCACGGCUGCGACGUGUAAGGCAGUUGGUGGAACUUGGAAGGGUGGUCAUGACAUCUCUGGACAUGUCUUCUUGCUUAUUCUUGGCUCAUCGCUUCUGUGGUUGGAAUUCCUGCCUGCGUUGACGCGUGUAGAAGGGCUGAGAGACGGAAGGUUGAUCACUUUGCCAGAUGGCAAGGUUGCAAGUGUUGCAGUGGAGAAAGAGCUGGUGAAGUCUGAGGGUGAAGCUACCGCGCGUGGCGUCAAGUUCGCGCUCGGUGUCGCGGCGCUGAUGUGGUGGAUGCUUCUCAUGACAGCUGCCUACUUUCAUACUUGGUUUGAGAAGUUCACGGGCCUGCUAGUCGCAUUCGCAGCGCUGUGGACUGUCUACUUCCUCCCAAGAGGCGUUUUCCAGGUUAGAGCGUGGUUGGGUAUGCCUGGUGUAUGAAAAAUUUACUGUGUAGUAGCGAACUGCAGGAGUGGCGGUGGGCAUUCAUCUUGCAGAUCGCAUGGCGGCGAUCGCAAAACAAGCCGAGAGCGGCGACGACAUAGACUGCAUGGCGAGUUGGUGAGUUGACGAGUCAAGCGCUUGAGCAAAAACAUAAUGAGUAUAGUAUUGUUUAAUGGCAUAUAUUACCACUUCA